AGUCACCACUGUUUUGUUAAGCAGUAUACUUGUGCUUUUGUUUUAGUGUAGCGAGAUUUAUCCAGAGUUUCUGGUUUCUACCCGUCCGGUUAAAAUGUUAAAAUUCGGAUGAUAUAAAAUGUCUGAAGGAAAGGGAAGUGGCUGGGCAGGCCCGAGGAGCCCCGCCAUGAGCGAUGACGUCAUAAUCGAGACAGACGAGUCAGAGAACCCGCAAAACCAUCAUUCUCGAUAUCUCGCAAGAAACGGAAAUGGCUGGGCAGGUCCGCGAAACCUUGUCACGAAUGAUGACGUCUUUAUUGAGACGGACGAGUCGGAAAGACGUCAAAACCCUCAUGCUCGAAAUCUUACAGGAAUCGGAAGUGACUUGGCAGACCCGAGAAGUCUCGCUACCAACCAUGACGUCAUCAACGAGACCGAUUCAGAGAACUCGCAAAUGCAUCACAUUCGAAAUUUAUCAGGAAACGGAAGUGGCUUGGCAGGCCCGAGGAGUCUCGCCACGAACCAUGACGUCAUAAGUGAGACAUACGAGUCAGAGAACCCGCAAAACAAUCACGCUCGACAUCUAUCAGGGAUCGGAAAAGACUAUGCAGGCCCGCGGAGCCAUGCCAAGAACGAUGACGUCGUUAUCGAGACAGACGUGUCAGAGAACCCGCAAAACAAUCACGGUCGAUAUCUAUCAGGAAUCGGAAGUGACUAUGUAGGCCCGAGUAGACUUGCCAAGAGCAAUGACGUCAUAAUCGAGACAGACGAGUCAGAGAACCCGCAAAACAACCAUGCUCGAUAUCUAUCUGGGAACGGAAGUGACUAUGCAGGCUCGAGGAGCUAUGCCAAGAGCGAUGACGUCAUAAUCGAGACAGACGAGUCGGAAAACCCGCAAACCCCUCAAAACGCAUUGACCUCACAAUUUCAACUUUCAAACAGCAGAGCAGUUUCGAGGCAUAAAUCGGACGUGUUUACCAAGCAGGCGGUGAGUCGAACUGCGAGUGCUCCUUCAAGAGCUCCCUCUGACGUUAGCACCACUAGACGUUCCGUCUCCAGAAACGGCUCGAAGGUACAGGAGACGAGGCGGGAAGCGCUGCAACAACAAUCAGAUGCAACUCCAGACGAAUUCUUACACUCUGUUGCUCAACCAGCAGAGGUGCGGAAGCGCUAUAAAGAAAUUAAAGCCUACUCCCAGAAGACACUACAACGACACGGAUCCACGACCAGCCUGUACAGGAUGCCCAAGUACACCAACGCUUUUAAAUCCUCCCUCGAAGAUAUUGACGAGUCACGCGCCAUUCUUAUUUGCGGAGCACCAGGAAGCGGAAAAACUCACCUCGCUUACGAUUUGAUGCAAGCGCUACUUGCGGAUAACCCGGACUAUGAUCCAAUAAUCUUACCAUCAACUCUCGAGCUUUCUGUGCUUCGCAAUGCCCCCUCUCCAGUCAUACUGCUUGUAGAUGAUUGCUUUGGAACCUGUGGUUCUAACAGGAAGUAUUGUAACGAGAUCAAGAAGCAGCUGAUGAUUCUAACAACAGCAUUAGAGAAAAGAAACAUAUUUAUUAUAUUGACGACAAACAGUCAUCGCCUCGUUGAUUUACAGGAAUCAGAGAUGUUGUUUGUCACAGAGUUGAAAUGCAAAAUGAUGGAUCUUAGUUCAAAUGAUAAUUUACUUUCGAGUCAGGAAAAACAAAAGAUGUUGACAUCUUGGAGUAACAUGUAUUGUUUAGACCUUGCGUUUAACAGCCAAGACAUCAGAAAGUUGGUAGAAUGUUAUUCAGCAAAUAUAGACGAAGAGGAAAUAGGAUUUCCGGCUUUAUGUCAGUUAGUUGGAAUUGGUGUACCAAAUUUUAUGUUUGAAAAUCCUUUUGGCGCUUUGGAUUAUUAUUUGACAAAUCUUAAGGAACGGCAGCCUCAUACAUUUGCUUGUAUAGUUCAUGUUAUUCUAUCUAGUCCUUUUUACCUCAACGCAGUAAAGAAAGACGCGUUCAAAACAGUGCGGGAAUUUCUGCAUUUUCCUGGCAUAUCUAUGAAGGACUCACUGAACUGUGUCGGUCACUUAAAGGACAAAGGAAUACUUGUUGAAAAGCCAGAUUCAAGUCUAGAAAUAUCAUCUCGUCUUGUAUAUCUCUCUACAAUUAAGCUGAUGAUGCAUGAAGAUACAAACAAGUGUAUGCACGUAUUGCCAGUGAGCGCAAUUAAUGCUGUGAAGUUCCAAACUCAUGAGAUGGACCCCGAAGAACAUACCUCAGCGUACCAACGUGUGUCAUGCCAGCUUGAUUUACAAAUUACAAGUGCUAUAAUAGUUAAUUUUAGCAAUCGGUUGGAAUCAAAGUGUCCGUCGGUGUUCUUUGAAGUAGCGUCAUCAAAACUUUGGGAGCACACAGAAUUUUUCGAGAACGUGUUCAGAAUAUACGGUUACCACCUUUUUUUCUUUGAAGAUAGUAAUAAAAAGCCGUUUUCGUCGUAUUUGGUCCGUACAGGAAACGUUGAACCGAUCCCAUCUCUACUACAAAACAUAUCAAAGGUGCAUAAAUCUAGUCUUGCCACGGUAGCGCCUCAUCUUGAAGCCACAAAGCUAGAGGCAUGCUCCAUCGAUUACGAAGAGGUCAUCGCGCUGUUGUUUCGAAUGGUUCCAGACAUCACAAAGCCUAUGGUGAGGAAUGCAAUCGAACAUGACCAUACAGAUCUGAGUAUCCAGCUGUUGCAAUCUGCCAUGGAUUCUGGGAGUUCACACAUAGAUUCAGAAUUACUUCGCACAGUCUGUUUUCAUGGUAACUAUGAUCUUCUGAGGUUCAUACUUGGGAAAAUGAGCGAAAGACAAAUACAAACAGAGAUUAGAAAAAGGGAUUCGAGUGGGAUGUCACUUCUACACCAUGCAGCUGUUGGGGGAAAUGUUCAUCUUUUUUCGCAUCUGGUGAAACUUGGCAUGGACCCUCAUGGCAAAGCUAGAAACAGAAAGACAGUUUUACACUUUUGUGCAACAUAUGGCAACCUUGACCUCUUUAAGUAUAUUUCUUCACAAUACGAACAUAUGCUGAAUGAAAUUGAAGAACAUGAACUUCACUGUGCUCAUUUAGCUGCAAGAGAGGGUCAUAAAGACAUUUUGAAAAGCAUUUUGGACACGGGUAUCAGUAUUGACUUAAAAGCCGAAGGCAGUAACUCGAUCACACAUUUUGCCGCAAUUAACGGCUGGACGAGAAUUAUCAACAUGAUAAUUUUGCUUGACGAACAACAAAUAUACAAAACAAACCAAAAAUGUUUUGCUGCAUCACAUCUUGCUGCAAAAUUUGGACAUACCGACACACUCGAAUUCCUCAUAGAAAAUGGGGUGGAUCCAUUCUCAAAAACUAUUGACAAACGAACCUUUGCCCACAUAUCCGCGUUUGGGAGUCAUCGUGAUACAGUUCAAUUUUUGAUUCAUAAUUAUCCUGAAUGUUGCCUUCAAAUAGACGCUGAUGGUAAUUCAGUGCUUCACGACGCUGCUGCCGGUGGAAAUGUCGAUGUUUUUAACGAUAUAGUUGCUGCAGGCGUUGAUCCACUGAAACCCAAUGAAGAUGGUGCCUCAGUUCUUCACGAUGCAUGCUAUUAUGGGAAGUUAGAGAUGGUAAAAUUUCUGUGCUCACGAUUUCCAGAUAUGGUUCACGCACGAACAAAACUAGGACUGACUCCCGUAUUUGGAGCUGCACUCGGCGGAUUCGUUGAAGUUCUUAAGUACAUGGACAACAAAAAAGCCUCCAUGGAUUUAAAGACAGAAGAGGAUAGUACUUUACUUCAUGAAGCAGCCUUUAUGGGAAGAUUGGAAUGCGUGCAAUAUUUGGCACAGAAAUAUCCAGCUUUGGUAAAUCGCCAAAAUUUGAGGUCAUUCAUGCCAUGCCAUUUUGCUGCUCAGGAAGGUCAUCUUGAUGUUCUCUUAUUUCUGUUACCAAGGUCACCGUCAGAAUUUCCGAAAACGAAAGAAAAACAAACGGUGUUGCACAUUUCUGCAUAUAACAGAAUGCUUCACAUUGUCAAAUACCUUUGCCAGAAGUUCCCUAGUUUAAUUAACAAUGUAGACACAGACGGAGCGUUCGCUGUUCACUAUGCAGCAAGGGGAGGAUCAAUUGAGUGUUUUGAUCAUAUUGUCGAAAAAGGAUGUAGUCCUUAUAUGAAAACCACAGCAAAGAGCACAGUUCUUCAUUUAGCAGCACAUGAUGGAAACUACGACAUGGUUCUUCAUAUAUGCCAAAAGUACCCCAAACUGAUCCAUGAUCUUGAUUCCACUGGCCACAGUCCAGCCCAUUACGCAGCUGGCAGUGGCGAACUGCCGUUGCUUCUAAAUGUUUUAAGGUACGGCGUUAAUCCACUGAUCAAGUCCGAAUGUGGGGCAACGUUACUCAUGAAAGCAGCUUGGAACGGGAAGAUUGAAGUAGUGAAAUACCUAUGCAAUAAUUAUCCCGAACUGAAGGAAGCAAGGGACUUUCUUGGAUGCUACUGCCUACACUACGCAGCUUGCGGAGGCCAUAAUAAGAUGAUCGAGUUUCUGUUAUCUGAAGGUCUGGACACGAAUAUGGUGUCAAAUGAGGGACACAAUAUACUCCAAGUUGCAAUUUACCAUGAAAAAAGUGAAACUGUUCAGUAUCUUUGUGAAGCAUAUCCUGAACUAGCUGCAGCGAGAGACAAUGUCGGAAAAACUGCAAUGGACUACGCAAGGCAAAUAGGAAACAGCGAACUGAUUCGUGUGCUGAGCACACUUGAUUCUAAAAGAUUCAAGCAAAGUGUUGCUUCUGAAGUAUUUUGCUGUGAAGACGGUUGUUGCAGUGGGUUUUGUGAAGGUCUGGCGUCUAUAUUUUGUUUCUGUAGAAAAUGACAAUCCUCGUCAGGAUAUUGGAAUACAAUGAAUAUUUAAAGAGAACGAAACUCCUCGGCUAUAGUCAGAUCUGCACAAAAUACUUACACAUUUACCUGUUAAUAUACGUGAAAAUUGAAUAUGGCUGUCUGAUAUACUUGAAUAAUACAACUGAAGACAGUGCCAGGGUUUUUCACUCACCAAUGGUUUUAAAGAAAGUCGCAAUUAAACUGCGCUUGCAAUUUGCAUGCGUUGGUGCGUUUUGAUCUCUCCUCUUGAAUGUAUUUUGGGAUUUAUGCCAAAUUGUAGUUAUAAUUACAAAUGUUAUUGUGCAUAACUAAAGAGCCGUGUUCGAAUGUUUCAUUUAAACGUGUUGAUUUAAGAAGUCUUUAUGCAUAUGAGCAGUGUCAACGACAUUCCAGAAUACUAUGUGUGUGUUUUUAACUCUAUAGACUGGACGGAUGGUAUCAGUUAUGCGACGGCGUUUAAGACAUACUUAUUAAAAUUUUUAUUUGAUGCCAUAGUAUGUUCAUUUGUUUGUCAAAACUUCAUUAGUUUCAUUAAAUGAUCCAUUCAUA